AUGCCACAAAUUAAACGUCGUCAUUUAAUAGCUUAUGAAUUCUUUCGACUUAAUGAAACAAAUUCAGAACUUGUUUCAUAUAAUGAGUUAUUCAAUCAAGUUUAUUUAAGAAAAUUAUCAAAAUUAAGAUGUCAACCUCAAUCAUUAGAUUUGAAACAAAUUUUAAAAUUAGUUUCAUUUAAAUUAGACUUAAAGGACAAAUUAAAAGAACUUAAUAUUUCAUUAAAAGAUUACUUAGAAGCCAAUGAUUUUCAAAAGUUAUUCAAAAAUUUUUAUUCAAAUUACAAUGUAAUGCCUAGUAAUAACGAGUGUAUUAAAUAUAAUGAUUUUAUUGAUUAUUGUGAUCCAGCUAGAUUUUCCACAAUUUCAACUGCAAGUUUUAAAGAUUAUAUUAAUGAUGACUUUAAACCAAUGUUGGCAACUGAUGGAAAACCAGAUGUAAGAAUUCCUUAUGAAAUUAUAAACAUGUAA